CGGGCGGCAGCCCGCGUCGAGGAGGCCCGUCCGGCGAGCGACAUGCCCGCCAGCCACUGCGUCGCCUGCACCGGGCGCUCUCCGCGUACCGCCGAGCGCCCGUGGUGAAGCGAACCCCGGCCGCUCUCCGCGGCAGGCAGCCGCGCGAGCAUGACGGACGGCGCCGAGAGCGACAACUACGGCGAGUUCCUGGACGCGAUCCGGCGCCAGGACGAGCAGGCCGUGGAGGAGCUGCUGCGGAGGGGCAUCUGCCUGAAGAGGGACACGGGCGACGCGCGGGUGGUGUGCCCGCUGGAGCUGGCCGUCGGCCUGGAGAACCUGGCGCUCGUGCGCGUGCUGCUGCGGCACGGCGCCUGCGUGAGCGCGCGGGUGCGCGCGCGCAACCGCACCGCGCUGCACUACGCGGCGAUCACGCGGCAGCGCGGCCUGUUGCUGGAGCUGCUGCGCCAGGGCGUCGACUGGCAGGCCGCGGACGACGCGGGCGCCGGCGCGCUGCACAUGGCCUUUGAGCUGGGCGCGGUGGACUUCGAGCGGCGCGGCGGCCUGCUGCGGCGGCGCGCCGCGGGCGCGGCGCUGCUCGAGCGCAAGGUGCUCGGCGUGCUGGAGCCGCUGCUGGCGCUGGGCGCGGACGCGAACGCGCGCACGGCCGCCGGCGAGACGCCGCUGCGGCUGGCGCUGCGCCAGGGCAUGCUCGCGGCGGCCGAGCUGCUGCUGGCGCGCGGCGCCGGCGCCGACGUGCGCGACCACGACGGCGACGCGCCGCUGCACCUGCUGAUCGAGGACGCGGGGCGGGCGCGCGCGCCCGAGGUCGAGGCGCGCGUGGCCUGGCUGCUGGCGCGCGGCGCCAGCGCCAGCCUCGUGAACGCGCGCGGCCUCACGCCCGUGCAGCUGGCCGCGCGCCACCGGCUGCGCGGCGCGCUGCGCGCCCUGCUCGAGCGCGCCGAGGUGGGCUACGCCAACGGCCGCGGCGAGGGCUGGCUGCACAUCCUGCUGAGCACGCGCGACGAGUGGGCGGCCGCCUGGCGCGCCAGUCUGCGCCCCGGCGAGCUGGACGAGCUGUGCGAGCGGCUGGUGGAGCGCGGCGUGCCCGUGGACCGGCCCGACUGCUACGGCAGCACGGCGCUGCACGUGGCGGCGCUGCAGCGCCGCGCGCGCCUCGUGCGCGCCGUCCUCGACCGCUUCGAGGCCGUGGCCGCCUGCGACGGGCUGGGCCGCAGCGCGCUGCACCUGGUGGUGGACCGCUGCCUGGACGAGCGCGGCCGCGGCCUCGCGGGCUACGACGAGGUGGUGCGCGCGCUGCUGGCCAAAGGCGCGGACCCCGGGCGGCCCAGCCGCGACGGCGCCACGCCCGUGGCGCUCGCCGCGCGCCGUCGCCAGCUGCGCAUGCUCUGGAUCUUCAAGGAGCACGCGGCGGACUUCGCGCAGACGAGCGCGGGCGGCGAGGGCCUGCUGCACGCCGUGGCCAAGAGCCGCGCGCGGCCGCGCGACGCGCUCGCCGACAAGAUGGUCGUGGAGAUGCUGAUCAGCCAGGGCUGCGAGGUGGACGCGCCGAGUCGCAGCGGCCACAGCCCGCUGCACCUGGCCUGCCUCUACGGGAACGCGCGCGUGGCCGAGAGCCUGCUGCGCCACGGCGCGCGGCCGGACGCGCGCGAGGCGCUCAUGGGCUGGGCGCCGCUGCACCUGGCCGCGGGCGCGCGCGUGCUGGAGGCGCUGGCGCGCGGCCCGCGCGGCCUCGACCUCGAGCUCGCCGACCGCCAGGGCCGCACGGCGCUGCACCUGGCGGCGGCGCGCGGCCGGCCCGAGCUGGCCGCGCGGCUGCUGGCGCUGGGCGCGAGCGCGCGCGCUCGCGACGCCGGCCGCGAGCGGCUCACGCCGCUGCACCUGGCGGCGCAACGCGGGGACGAGCGCCUGGCCGCGCUGCUGCUGGCCGCCGACCCGGCCGCCGCCGGGUUGGCCGCGGCGCGCAGCGGCGCCACCGCGCUGCACAUGGCCGUGGAGGCGGGCUGCGCGGGCCUGGUGCGCCGGCUGGUGCGCCUCGGCGCCGACGUGGAGCAGCGCGACGCGCGCGAGCGCAGCAGCGCGCUCCACCUCGCGGUGCGCGCGGGCCGCGCGGGCCUCGUCGACCUGCUGGUGCUGGGCUGCGGCGCCGACAUGGACGCGCGCCAGGCCUUCGGCGAGGCGCCGCUGCACGUGGCCGCCAAGUACUUUCGGCGCGACGGCGCGGCGGUGGCGGGACGGCUGCUGCGCGCGGGCGCGCGCGUCGACGCGACCAACGCGCAGGGCCGCACGCCCCUGCAGUACGCCAUCGAGUACAAGUGCGCCGAGGGCGUGCGGCUGCUGCUGCAGUUCGGCGCCGACCUGGACCAGGCCCUGGCCGCGCCGGGCCUGCUCGACGGCGCCGACAUGGCGCGUCGCGUGGUCGAGCACCUGGUGUGCUUGCAGGCGCUGGGUCUGGAGCAGUCGCUCGACCAGUGCCGUGUCUCGCUCGACAAGUGCGCGCGCCAGUUCGGCCGGCUGCGCGACGACUGCCGUCGGGAGGUGGACCUGCUCCGCGGCCAAGCGCUCCACGGCUCGCACGGACCCUCGCUCUACGACCUGCUGCACAUGAGCCCUCGGCGGCGCUUCGCCUGCCUCGGCGGCGCCGCCGACUUCUCGCCGGCGCGGCUCGAGACCCAGUUCCCCAGCUACUACGGACUGCUUUGGCGCGUCUACCACGAGGCCCGCGAGCGCAGGUGCCUGCUGGCAUCCGCCCUUGACGCUUGGUACCUCAUUACCGGGGUCGAUUUGCCUAGCAUCUGCGUCGACCACGUGCUCGACUUCCUCGACGACCGCUCGCUCAAGAGCAUGCUCGAGGCUGCCGAGGCCAUCGAGCUCGAGGAGAUAUGUUAGCACUGCUCUCUUCGUACCUGCAUUUUUUCUAUUUCCAUCUGCGUUUCUAUUUCACUCUUUUCGAGUCAACUUUAUAUUUUAUGAUGUUCGGCCAAAUCCGAAAAGACUGUCGCAGUUCUGUUAAACGUUUCAAUGAUUAUCAGCAAUGUAUCACGUUGCAACC